AUGGGACUUGGCUUGUUCGGUUUCAGUUCUACUGAUAAUGAGAUAAAAACUUGUUCCACUCUGGAAUUUCUAGGAGAAACGCCGCAAGGAGCUCGAUUCAAUGAUAUGCAUACUGGUAAUGAUCCUAACUACAAUAGAACGUUUUUCAAUCGUUACUCUAGAUUAGAAUUCCCUCGUUUUUCUGGUGGUGGAUUAAGAAAUUGGUUGUACAAAGUUGAGCAAUUCUUCUCCAUAAGUGAAAUACCUUUAGAGAAGGUGGCUUCUAUCCACUUUGAAGGUGAAGCUAUGGCAUGGCACAGGUCCUACAUUAGGUCUAAAAACUCGAUUUUAGAUUCAUCUUGGACUGAAUUUUUGUUAGCAUUGAAUGAAAGGUUCGAAGAGGGUUUUGAAGAUCCCAUGGAAGCCCUAAAAAACUUACAACAAACCAGUAGUGUGAGAGAGUAUCAGGCUGAGUUUGAUAGGUUAUUAACUAGGCUUAAUCUCUCCAAUGAAAAGGCCAUUAGUUGUUUUUUGGGAGGUCUGAAAAGGGAGUUGAACAAGUCUAUUAGAAUACAUGCUCCAAAAACUUUGUUGCAAGCCUAUAAGGUAGCUAGGUUGCAAGAGGAGGUGUUUGAAGCUCAAGCUCAAUCUUGGGGAAUCAAAUUUUUUCCUAAAGUCCAAGGUCCUAUAUUACCCACUCCUGCCUUUAUUAAACCUCAGUAUUUUCAAAGAAAUUCUUAUUCCAAUUCCACAUUCACGAAAACCCUUGAAUCUGCACUUAAUAGGAUUAAUAGACUCCCUAAUAAUGGUGUUACUAAAAGGCUAUCGGCAGCAGAGAUGGAUGAAAGAAGAUCCAAAGGGGGAAAGAAACAACUAUAUCUGGUAGAAGUAGUUAAGGAAGAAGAAUUAAAUGUUGAAGUAGAAGAGGAACAUAUAGAAGAUGUGUGGGAGAAGACAGAUGAAUUUAUGGCUAUAUCAUUACAGGCUUUUAUAGGGGUCACUGGUUACCAAACCAUAAAAAGAAAUGCAAAGCGCUGCUAUUUGCAAGAAUCUUCACUGGCUACUGCGAGCACCACAUUCUCUUUUGAUUUUUUGCUUUUACCAUUGGAAAAUGUGGAUAUAGUCUUAGGAGUACAAUGGUUGAAUACGUUAGGCAGAAUUUUGUUUGAUUUUCAACAUAGGUCCAUUGAGUUUGUUUACAAGGGAAAAAAACAUGUAUUAAGAGGGGCUAGCACUGGUCUGAAGUCGAUUAAAGCUAAGACCUUAGCUAAGGAGGGGCAGUUGUUCAUGUUGUCACAUAUACCUCAGACAGUAGAAGUCUCGCAGUGUCACAACAUUCAAGCCAUUCAAGGUGAGGGAAUUUUUCCAUCAUUUGCUGCACUAAUUAGUCAGUACUCCUGCUUAUUUGAAUUGCCAACUACAUUACCACUUCACAGAAGUUCUUUUGAUCAUAGAAUUCCCCUCAUUGACAAAGCAAAUCCUGUCAACAAGAGACCUUAUAGGUAUCCGGGAAUAAAAAUAGAUGUCAUUGAAAAAUUAGUACAAGAGAUGUUGGAGCAAGGUGUGGUGCAACAUAGUACUAGCCCUUAUGCUUCUCCAGUAGUGUUAGUUGGGAAGAAAGAUGGAAGUUGGAGACUCUGUGUUGAUUACAGAGAUUUGAAUCAGAUGACAAUUAAAGAUAAGUUUCCGAUACCUAUCAUUGAAGACUUGUUGGAUGAGUUAGGUGGAGCUGUGAUUUUUUCUAAAAUUGAUCUAAGGGCAGUUUAUCAUCAAUUAAGAAUGGCUGAAGAUGAUGCUUACAAAACAACUUUUAAAACUCAUGAAGGGCACUAUGAAUUUUUGGUUAUGCCCUUUGGCUUAACCAAUGCACCUUCAUCAUUUCAGUGUUUGAUGAAUGCAGUUGUCACACCACUUCUCUUUUUACAAUAG